CUAGCGGGCCAGCUCAGUAUUCACUCAGUGAGUUCAGAUUUAGUACGGUGAAUUACUUGGUUAUCCUGAGACAUACAGGACUUUUUAGACAGAUCUGUCUAAGUAAUGGAGAUAUUCAAAACUAUAGCAAGACGGACGUGAUGGAUAUAGAUCUAAGUUCAGAUACUUUCAAAUUAGAAGACAGUUGGAGUUUGUUCUGUGAAGAAGAUGUGGACGUCACGGGAAUAGAUAAUUAUUUGGAGGAUGAGAAAUUUUAUGGUUUCUCAAUAUCUCCAAACACAGAAAAAUUAAAGAUUCUACAGAAAAUAAUCAACAAUCUAAAGUCACAAAUAAGUUAUGAAAUAGAAGAGGAUGUUGUAGAUGGAUUAACAUUUCUCUCAUUUAGUACAGUUGAAGAACUAAUGGAAUUUACAAAAUUGCAACAAGAUCAACGAGCAACAGCUUCACAGAGUGAUGAUGGGCUAGAAAUAAUGGAUGAUGGAAGUUUCUCUGAUAUGAGUUCAAGCCAUGCUAUAGUUCCAACCAAAACCAAAGACAUCACAAGGAUCAAAGGCUGGAGAAACAAACAUUUUGCAGGCAUUCAUCUCUGUGACGAUUCUGGAAGUUCACUCAGAAAUGAAGAUGACGGUUUUGGAGAUGAUUUUGAAAUUAAGUCUGUUCAAGAGGAGAGCUCGGAAGAAGUGGACCUUGGGGAUUAUGUAGUGUCUACAUCAUCUAAAUGCGAAUCAGAUGCGGAGUCACCUAGUGCCCUUGAUAUAUUUUCGUGUUCAACAUACAAGAAGGAUUCUUUCAGUGCAAUUGAUUCUUCCAUCGUUGAAGAUACUAAUGCAGUCGACAAUACUUCAGAAAGUGUAUUUGGCUUUAGAAAAUCAAACAACAUUAAAUCUCUAGAUUCUUUAAAGGCAACUAAAAAACAUCAUCUUUUAACUGAUUACAGAAACAAGAUAUCACCUGAAUUAUCAUUUAAUAACAAAAUUGGAUGCAUGAAGCACAAUUUUGAACCUAAUGAAGAUUUUCACAGUUCACAAUCAGUUUCAGAUAAGGUAUUUUUAAGGAAACCUGAAGAUUUAUUUAUUUCACCAACAUCAGUUCAGAAUAAAUCGCUGGAUAAAAAUGUCAUCUCUUCAUUAGCGAACAAGGGUGUUUACAAGCCAAGAGUAAAACACACGCUAAUUGAAAGCAUUGCUCAAAAAAUUAAUACUGAAAAUGCAACCAGUUCUGUUGGAAAUAGUAUCUCAACUACUUCACUACCAAGAAGUAAUUCUGAACGUUCAAUAAGGUGGCAUGUUCCAAAGGAAAAACUACUAACAGGUAAUAUCUUUGAUGUAGAAGUAUCAGUUGACGAUGCUGAUAAGAAGACCUUAGCUAAUGAAAUUGGACUAGAAUUACUCACUUCAACUAAAGCAUUAGACACUUUUGGUUCUAAACAAAUAACAAAUCUGAAUUUUUACAAACAGUCUAUACAAGUAGGUAGUGAUAGAAACCAAUACAAUAAUGGAGCUUUUCAGAGUAGAACACUAGAACAGUAUACAACACAUCUCAGUGACCUGCACAUUGACUUUACCAUUCCCAAACUAGAUGCCGCAGACAACGUGACGCAUGCAGAAAUUGAACUUCCUUCACUAGAAAGUAUGACUACUAGUCCUUCCAAAAAUAAAAUUAAACCAUUAAAUAAAAUUAAAGCAAAAACUGUUGCAGAAAAAAGACGACUCUUAGUUGAGAUGAAUAAGCGGACUAAACGUAUGCAAAAGACAUCAUUUAAACUUAGAGGAAACUCAGAAAGUAAAUCUGUAAGAAAUUUAAGGCAUUUAAGAGGGCGUACUAUAAGUAAAAUGAAAGAUGAUGACACAGAAAAGAAAACAAAAAAUAAAACUAGUUUACCACAGAACAAAAUACAGCUUUUCAAAAGUUGGUGUGAUGAAAAUGGUGUCAUUACUUAUGGAAGAGAAAAACCUCUGAUGUGUAGAUUAACACAAAAUCCAUUAUCUGUCAAUGAAAAUGUGAUAUCUAAAAUAAUAUUCUCUAUGAGAAAACAAAACUUAUCAAAUGAUAUUGGUUUAAUUGUGAAUGUAGGUUUCAAAAGACCACUUUACAAAGAAAUUGAUGACAACAUAAAAAGUUUAUUUACAAAUGAAAAUAAGAUUUCUCUUCACUUAGCUGAAUUUGCAGUCGCAGCAGUACAGUCUUCAAACAAAGGUCCAUUUACCGUAACUCGAUUUUUGGUACCAGUUGUAAGUGAAGAACUAAAACAAGUCAUGUAUCAUUCAACUUUAGUUCAAACACAGAAUCAAGAGAAAAGUCUAACAAGGACCUUAGCAAAUGGUUGUCAGAAAGACCAAUUUGAUGAAAAUUGUUUUGGAGGAAAUGAUUUAGAUGAAAUGUCGAAGAGAACAAAUGAUUUGCCAAAAAAUCAUGGGGUGCAUUUCAGUAUUUGCUCUACCAUGAAUGAAAUGUUAAACUUUAUUGAGAGAAAAGAAAGAUUUAAUGCUAUAGACAUUUAUUAUGAUCCAGAUAUUCCAGCACCCAUUGAAAAAGAAAGUGAUAAAGUAUUUAAUUCCCUACAGAAGACAAAAGUCAAGAAUAAGAAAACUCCACUACAAAGGCAGAUUGAACAUCUUGGAGGAACUUUUAUUGCAGUUCAAGGAGAAGAGACUAGUGAAGAAAUGUUAUCCCAAUCAACAAAAGGCGACCGUUGUUUAAAAGAAUACUGUAAGCUAGGCUGUGUUUGUCCUUAUAAAGUUCAGGUAAAUGAGCAUUGUGGUAAAGAAUCUUGCAUGUUUUUUUGCAAGUGUUCACCAAAUUCCAAAAAACAAGGAUGUGAAAUUAAAUCUAAAACAUGGCUUCUACCUGAAGUGCUGAGACAAAAACACAGCUCACAGUCCAGAUUAGCACCUGUAGAGAGAGAAUACCAUCAGACUGUUAUAAUGUCAAGGGAUAAGAAAAUAAUCACUAUUGAAACAAAACGUUCUAAACGGGAAAGAAAAAUUCCAUCCAAAUUCAAGGAUGAAAUAUUGCUGGAUUACAGAAAAGGAGAUGAAGAGGACCUCAUUAUAGAAAAAACAGUUGGUCCCUCUGUAAAGUUAAAUCACCAAAAUCAUACUCAUCCUCAAAAUGCUUCAAUCUCUUCAAGUCAAUUCUUAGUAAAAGUACCCAAUAUCUCAACUUUUAAUUCCUCUGUAAACUUAACUCAGUGUUAUGUUAAAUUAAAAAGGGAUGAAGUUGUUGAUGAAAUGGCAAAAUUGAUGGCUUUUACUCGAGGUGUAUUUAUGGAUGUCAGCGAAUCUCCUACAAAAUCAAAGAGUAGAUCAAGAAAUGUUGCGAUAAAGAAAACUGGAGGUAGGUCAUCUCACAACUUUGAUGUUGAGAAUCACUGCUCUCGAACAUUUGGUGUAGGUGCAGAUUAUACUUCAAGGAACAAGAUGUAUACAAUUAGGACGAAGGCCAUGACAUUAUUUGUUGAAGUUCCUCAUAACAAGGAAGAAGAAAGUUUUAUUAUGAAUUCUGAAGAAUCUUGUGUUAUAAAAGAAGACCUUCAGUGUGAGGAUGGCUAUAAAGAAGAUUAUUAUACUGCCAAUGAUCUGAUAUGUCUUGAAAACAUGACCCAAGAAGGUGAGAUUGGUUUAGCUAUUGGUGAAAUUUGUUCUUUGCCACCAGAAUUCUUUGAAAAGCAGGAUACAAUAGAUUUUGAUGAAAAUACCAAUGAUUUAAACUUAUAUCCUGAGCGUGACAGCACAGAAUGUGAUAACAGAUUGUCUUCAGAUAAUAAUAACCAAGUUUGUUCCAAAAAGAAAAGUGAAAGAAUUGUUUAUGCCAGUUUGCCAAUCACUGAAACUGAGUCAAAAUGGUGGGUAAUUGAAAUGGAUGUCAAAAAGUUUUCAAAUUUAAUCUAUUACUCUGACAAAAGAUGUUUAAAUUUUGAAGACAUGGCCAAAGCUAUUUUUAAAGCAGAGUUUGGCCGAAAGACUGUUAGAAUACCUCUAAAGAAAUUCUAUGGUGACCAUAAAGAUAAAUUUGGUGCAUAUGCUGUUCCAGGUCAUAAACAUUUGAUUUUCUUUGGUCCCUAUGAUAUAAAUGAAAUGCAUGGUUUAACAGCAAUUAAAAAGGUAGGUGGCGUAUACACUCGUGUCCUUUUUACAUCUAAGUUUUCAGAGAGUGAAGGUUUUAAGUCAUUAGGAAUCGAUCUGUCCCACAAUAAAAAUGAUUCACAAGUAAUACAUCAGAAGUGUGUUAAAGCCGUAUGGUGGUACAGUACUAAUAGGAAACAAACACCAGAAAAUGAAACUGAGGAGAUAACAGAAGUAACAAGGAACAAUAAUACAAGCUCGAAUGUCAGCACUUCAAGGAAAACACAUAACAAGGAAGAUACAGAUGAAGAAUCAACAAUACAUUUUGCUUCUCCUGUGAAAGAGACUGAUUUGACCAUUGAUAGACCUAACAGUCCCGUAGAACUUAAUACAGAAGAUAACGUUUUGUCACAUCACAUUUUAGAAAAUGUCACUGAUAUUCAGCCACCAGUAACAUCACCAAAGAUUUCAAAAAAUCGCACCCUAAAUUUAAGUCAGGAGGUUGUUACUGUGACAAAUGAUAAGUUUGAAAGUGGUGAGAAAAAUACAAAAAGAACUAUAACGAGGAAGAGGAAAAGAAGUAUGAGCCCCAAGAUAAUUAAUAAAAUCCGACAUACUAAGCCAAAUGGAGCAGUCAUUCCUGUUGCCAGGAUGACGGAAGAUUUUGAAAGUAUAAUUGAUGAUUCUACAGAAGACUCGACGGAUAGCUUUUCAGAUUUCAGCGAUGAUUGUUCACUUGAGUCUGAUUUUGAGGAACCAACCGUGGUUGAUCAUACUAUUAAGUGUAGCAAUGUGAAAAGAAUUAUUCACAGGACUUCGAAGGCCCAGAAGCAACAAUCAAUCAAAGAGCCUCCCACUUUAGAGUCUAUUCCACAAGAGCUUCUGAUGUCAACGCCAUCUACAGAUGAAUGUCCGGAACGUGCCUUGCUCUGCCUGACCCCAAGUGUGGGAUAUUUGCCAGUGGUCGAAUUCAUUAACCACAAGAAGAUCGUUAUACAAGAUCCAGCGUAUACAAAUGUAGAGCACCAGUUUGCGAACCAAGCACAAGCUACCAGCUGGCUCAACUCAUAUUUCAGGCAAAGAUUCACAUUCACGGAAGAUUUUGAAAUGAAGUGGUAUAUGAUGAAAGGAGUAAUCAUCAAAUAUCUAAAGCCUAUGAACCCAAAUAUGUUCACAUUCAAGCCUAAAACUGUGGAGAUUUCAUCAAAGGGAGUAGAGUCACUGAUGAUACCCAGCUCCAUGACUGUGAAGACUAAAAGCAUCUUGGAGAGAGAGCGCCGCCUAGAACUACGGGGAUUACUCAACCUUUUGGCUGAGGAAGUGUCGCCUGAAACCACUGAAAAAAUUGCCAACCAACAAAUACUCAACACAGCAGUCUACACAAUCGCUGCUCAGGAGAUGUUAGCUCUGGAGAUGACCCAGACUUCACUUGAGUUGACCCGUGAGAGGUCAUUGCUGAAUGAUAGAAUAAAGGCCAUAUUUGCAGAUAUUAACGACCAUGAAGAGAAAAAGAAAGCCCUCAACUUGUGCCAAUAUAUUCGGUGCUCAAACCAUAAACCAAAGGACAGGUUGAAUACGUACAUGAAGGCCAUGAGAUUGAAGGAGCAGGAGCGUAUUGAGGAGUUGAAGAAGAAACCUACCAAUUUCUUCCCGUGGUCAAGCGGCAAGAGGAGGAAACAUAGAAAGAGACCACACGACCAAGGACUACAGAGGAGUAGCAAUUGGACGAUUACCGAGAAUAGUAACAGCAGUAUCAGGUCAGGGUCUUCAUCAGCAGCAAGAGGCCAUUCACCGUUUCCGCUGCCGGCAGAGGGAGGCCGCCUGUCGGAACCAGCACAACCAGAUGGGCCAGUUGUAGGAGGCCAUUUCUCUGAGUUGUCACGCCGUCUCUCUGAACCGUCACAAUCGAGGAGAGCUCAUCACAACCCAGAACCAGUAUUACAAGGAAAAGGUCGUCAACCUACGCAGGGAGUGAUGGUCCGACGACACAAACCCACCACCCCCGCCACCAUCACCCCCGCCCCCACACCUCCAAGCAGCUCUGAUGUCAUCGUCUUGCCUGACAGUGAUAAUGAAGAAAGUGUUGACAAAAUCAUUGAAAUUGAAUCAGAAGAAGAAGACAUUGUGUGGCUGCCUAACCACAGUCCGACUCCUCCACCAGACCCCGAUGUGGAGGUCGUCUCGUGUAAUAUCAAGAGGAAGAGACGCCGGCUGCGCUUCCCCAAACCAAAGAGGAGACCCCCGCCUGUGAGACCUGUCCGGCACCAGCCCCUGUUCGUCAAUGUUGGUACCACUCCUUCCAUGGACAUUGAAGAAACAGUUGCUCCACUCCCCGAUCUGAUAGAAGAUUCCCAAGAUUCCUCAGUUAUUACUGUCCAGAGUGACUUGUCGGAGAGACAUGCAGCGGUGGUCCCGAGUGUGACCGAGUUUGUAGCCGUCGGAGAAGACGCCUACGAACCGGUUUCUUCUCCCGGAGAUGUCCCCGAGCCAUUGAGUGGCUGCAGCCGGACUGACCCGAUACCACAAAAAUUUUGGGAAAGGAAAGGUAACAAGCAAUUUCUACCUAUAAGUGCGACAAAUAGAGUAAAUGUGGUGAACAAUACCUCAGUAUCCACCUAUAUCGGCACGUUGAAAGGUUCUUCUGAUGCAUUAAGAUCGAGUGCCGGAAGCCCUUAUUUCCUGCACAGGAAAGGAUUUCAACUCCUUGCAUCACCUACGACAUCAGCUUUGAGGCAGAACUCUGAGAAACCACCUUUGACAAAGAAUAAGGUCCUGGAGUGCAAAAAUAUCACACCGAUUGGAAAGAUCAACCCUGAUAACAAGUAUUGCUCCAUUAAAGGGAAACCGAUUUUGCUGUGCAAGAGUAGGACAGGGUACAAAAUUGCAAAGUUACCACAGCCCCCGAUGUUAUCAUCUACGGGACCACCCCCACUGCGUAUAUUGUCCCCCAAGCCUCCACAACUGAGUGUGCCGUCCGCUAACUUGGUGGCGUCAGAAGGAACUACGGUCAGGACCGACUUAGAGGAGAGAGUGACCCCGGAACGGGAGAACACGGUGACUCUGUACAACCCGACUCAGCAGCUCAGCGAGACGAGGACGGUACGGUUCACCCCUUCCACUUCCACUUCCACCUCUGUGCUCACGGGGCCCAAAAUCCGUAGACCCAAGGGGGAGAUCGCGACCAACAUCAGGGUGAUUUUGCCCAAGCGGGACUGAUCUGAGCGGAAACAAUACCGUAGCUGAAACCAAAACUGAGGCUGUGAUGUAGGUUAGAUGUUGGCUUCGUUGUUUUAGCCAACACUGUACAUUGUGACUAUAGUACCGUACAAGUGAGACUGAUGACCAUUGUAGAAUAAACAUAUUUUGUAAACAUCGCAUAGGAUCUAAGAUGAACGUAUUUACGUGUAUACACUUCAAUGACCACCAAACAAUCCAAACUGAAAGAAACAGCUGUCACUAAUUUGUUUUUAAUGAUUUAUUUUAUUUUUAAUUCUUGACUGGUUGUUGACGUUUUUCUUCUUUUUAAGUUUUGACAAACUUAUUCCUCCUUAAUUCUAAAAGAAUGUUGUUUUAAUGUAAAACUACUGCAUAUUAAAAAUAUUAUGUUUUAUACAUAUUUUUCUGAAAGUAUUGGAAGUACUUAUGCAUUUUUUUGUCUCAGUAAAAAUCUCGAGGCUUAUUUUCUACACAGCCUCUGAGUAUUUAUGAAUAAUUGUGUGUUGUACUUGGGGCCCGACAUGAAGUAUGUUUGUUGCUCAGCAAGUGCGUAUUUUUAUUGCUUUGAUAUUUUGUACUAAUACAGUAAAGUGCCUUUUAUACAUAUAUAAUAGAUUAAUGUUGAAGUUUUCAUGUUUAAGAAAAGUAAAAACUAUUGAACUUAGUUGUGUUCUUAUUUUAUUGUUUGUCACUGCUCCAGUGCUAUCAUGCCUUUCAUUUAUACCAUUCAAAAUUUUUGAAUUGGUUUGUGAAUUCAUAUAUUUUUGUUUUAAUCGCAUAUAAACUCCAAAUUGCGUUGUGUAAAUUAUUAGUUUUUACCGUUAAUAAUGUAUGGUAGUGGAAUUACAAUGACCACAAUGAUCAAGUCAUUUCCAUUAUAGAUAAUUAAAAAUGAAUAGCAUAAU